GGGACUCAGGCGCGGUGGCGAUGCGUGCAGGAUGACCCAGGCGUGCCACCGCAAGUGCGUCCCCCCGCACUACAAGGAGUCGGAGCUGUCCAAAGGGGAAUGCGUGUGCCUGGACCGCUGCGUGGCCAAGUACCUGGAGGUGCACGAGCGGAUGGGCAAGAAGCUGACAGAGCUGUCCCUGCAGGACGAGGAGCUGCUCAAGCGAAUGCAGCAGGGCACCGGCAGCGCCUGAGCCCCCACCCCGCACCCCAAUAAACCUGGGGCGUCUGCUGUGCUCCCCUCACCCCCCAAACCCA